UGCAAGACGUACUGCAACCUGAAUUCAGUUAUCCCGGAAACAUUCCGAAUAUUAACAGUGUAUAUUUUCAGAAAAUGCAAAAUGCGUAGUUGAGUAAUAGUGGCGCUGUGAGUUAACUGAUUAUUUUUCGUUGCCGGAACUAAUACGUAAAAAAAUGGCGAAUAAUACAUUUUCUACAAGUUCUGUGAGUCUGAAAAUCGGCUUUUUAAUAUUGUUAGUUAUUAUGAUAGUUCACAUAAUUGGAUUUUCUAUACCAAGAUGGAUUACAUUCGAAAUAAAUUUUAGACUGCGCUACCCCGAAUCUGCAUAUCACGGCGGUCUCUGGCAACACUGCGUAUGUGCUUCCGUUAUAAAAUCUGGUGCGUGCCUUUGUGUCUCAAGGACAAAUGAUCCAGAAUGGUUUAAGAUUGUGCAAGCUACAGAAACACUUGGUCUCAUUGGUCUGGUUUUAUCGGUGUUUAUAUCUGCAUUCAUGCUGUUCUACAAACAAAACAAACGCCACAAGACUCUUAACAUCUGCUGUAUGAUAUUGUCAGGUGUGUUGAUUUUCAUUGGUCUGACCUUGUUUGGCAUCAAGUCUAGGGAAUCUUUGGACGCAUUUAAUACAUCUGCCAGCCGUAUCUACGAUGAAAUUCCCGUGGGAAAAUUAAGUUAUGCCUAUAUUCUCUGUAUUAUUGCGGGAUUUCUCUGUAUAUUUGUGUGCACGCCUCUCUUUUUCUACGACUUGUACUCGCACAGAUCACCGCUGCCUGAAACACAAGUUUAUUAUACACCUCGAGGUCAAAUUCAUGUUCCUCAGCACGGAAGUACAUUUGGUGGUCAACAACCAGUAGGCUUGGCACCAAUACCGAUGCAGGCGCAGUGGGGACCACCGCCCGCGUAUGAACAGUACUACCAACCUGACAAUAGUGGAAUACCGUAUAAAUCGUAACCAUUUUUCUACAUUCACAAAGAAAGAGACGUAAUGGCUGUUAUAAUCAACGUAGAUUGUUUCCUGGAAAGCACAUAAUCCUGUUACAAAAUGCGAAAUACAGAGAUGUUUUACUUGUCCUUCAUAUUUUGUUGUAGUUUAGGUGUACGUGCUAAAAGGUUUUACCUUUUAACACAGGGAUCAUAAAGCUUCGAGGCCUAAUAAUAGUAUGAUAGUGUUUGUUCUUAUAAAGUAAGUACCUGGUCAAGAAACGGGCUCAGAUAAGGCCCAGCCACAAUCGUGCAGAAAAAUAUAUGUUAAAACUAAUAAAUCAAGUCUUUAAUUGUUAGGGACGUAGACCGGGUAGCAUAAUAAAAUAGUUUUGCAAAGUUAUUGCAACAAUUUCACCUUAUUGUUUUGCUUAUAAACCAAAGUUAGAAGGCAACUUUGAAUUUUGAGAUUUUUUGUUAAUACUUUUAAACUACCAGUCCGAGUGAGGUCAUUCAAAAUGAUGCUCGAUUCUACCUUCAAAAGACUACAUCACGCUUAAAAAGGACAUAACUACAGUGAAUUUUUUAUAUUCUGUCAAGACAACCAGUAGGUGCUCGUUUGAAACAAAUAUAUAUAUCAUUUAAAUGAAAAUAUUUUUUAUGAAACACCAAAAAUAAAGUUGGUCAAGGCAUAUUUUUCUUUGUACAGUUUUAGGAAGAUGUUUGUUCUUAUACAGUAAUUUUACUGUAUACUUAAGUAACACCUAAUUAUAUGGUUGAUCGUAUGUUGGUCAUAUGCAGAAGGAACAGACAACAUAGAGGAAUCUUUCCUGUCGUAUAAUGUACACACGUGUAUUAUAAUAAUAUACAUGAUAUAAAGUUUUUAUAUCUCAUCUUGUUUCUUUACCUAUGUAAUAUGCAUUUAACAUGUAGGAUACAUUUCAUUUGUUUACUAAAACAUAUGGACGCUUUAAAAUAG